CAAAUAAUACAGCCUAUCAAAACAUGAUAUUCAUUAAUACAGUAUAAUACAAUACAAUACUGUACAUUAUGAAACCAAUGGGUAAGGACCAUCCAAAUAUAGUGUAAUGAUCUUAAAGCUUUAUUACAUAUUUUUUUCAUUUAGGUCUAUUCAAACCCAAAAAGAUCCAAAAACCAGAAAAAUGAAACGGUAAAAAAUAACAUUGGGAAAAGGAAACAAAUCAUUUCCAUACCUACUAAGUAGUAAGUACCUAUUUGACGGAAGAAAAAAAAAAGUAGUAUUAGUAAGUACUAGCCAAGUAAUUCAAAAUUUACCUCCAAUUUAGGCCUCUGUCACUUCUUCUAAACUGCCACGUCACUUCUUUACUUUCAAAAUUGUUUUCGGUGAAAAAUAAACUAAUUAUAAUUUCCACCGAGCAGUCUACUUUUAGUUCUCUCAGCUUCUCUCAAAUGGCGAUCUCAUCUCUAAAUUCCUCCAAGAAAAGCCCUCUUUCUUCCUCAAAGAAAAAGGCACUGGAAAUCAAGAAUAAGCCGCUCAAGAAAAGAGCUUUGGGUCCUAGUAAAACAAAGGUGGAAAAUGGAGAUAAAAAGAAGGUUCAAUUACGCACCGAAAAGAAAUCACAGAAACAAAGCUACAUUGAAGCAAACUCAUCAGCCAUGGCACGAGCUGAAGAAGUUAAAGCAAAUUUGCCUACACAAUUUCCUAAUUUUAUCAAGAAUAUGAACCCUUCACAUGUCAGUGGGGGAUUUUGGUUGGGUUUGCCAAAGAGAUUUUGUGAUGACCAUUUGCCAAAACAUGACAACACUGUUAUUUUGGUGGAUGAAAAUGAAGAAGAAUCUGCUACCAAGUACCUUGCUGUUAAGAAUGGAUUGAGUGGGGGUUGGAGAGGAUUCUCCAUUGCUCACAGCCUUCUUGAAGGGGAUGUCUUAGUCUUCCAAUUGAUUCAACCCUGCAAAUUUAAGGUAUACAUAGUAAGAGAAAAUAGCUUGACGGAAAUUGAUGGUGCUAUCAGUCUCCUAUAUCUAGAUUUUCAUGCUAGACCACUCAAAUCUGAUCAAGAUGAAGUGAUGAAAAUUUGUGAAGCAAAAGAGGAGAAACACUUGGAGCCUUCUACACAAGAUAUUCAUCAAGAUGACAAACAAGAAGAAGCCAUGUUGUCACCAAACUCGGACCACGGGCCUGUAACAGAUCAAUGUGGGAAUGACAGCGAUAAUGCCUCUGAAGUUUUAGAAGGCAUUAGAUUUUCAGAAUCAAGAAUUGAAUUCAAAGAUGUGAAGGACUAUUAUGGUUUCAACAUUCUCGUCGAUGGCCUGAUCAUCGACUCUGAGGUUCCUGCACACAUUCGGACCAAAUACUAUGAUCUUUGCAGCACCCAAAAUUCAUUUCUCCAUGACCAUUUACUUGGUGGCCUAAAUGUCAAGCUAGCUGCUGGAAUGAUUACUGAAACUGUGAACAUUGCUGAUGCCAUUAGAGCUUCCAAGAUUUCGACCCCUCGUGAAUAUCUUGAUACUUGGGACAAUACAUUGAAAGGGUUCGAGUGUUUAGGCAUGGGAGUUGGAUUUUUACGUGCAAGGCUUAGUAAGCUCGUUAGCUUGUCAUGUGAAUUGAAAAACAUUCUUGCAUCAAAGAAAGUUGAGCUCGCUGAAGCAAAAGAGGAAAUGAGGAAUCUUGAAGAAAAGGUUUUGAAAGUGAAACAGGUGAUAAAGAAUCUAGAUUCUGAUAUUGAGUCUUUAACAAAGAAAGAUGCAAAUUUUGAGCUCAAUUUCAAGAAACUGGCACCUGCUCCAUGGUAAAGAUAUCUUUCUGAAAAAAUGGUCCUGAUUAAUAUUAGUGUAUAAUUAGUUUGUGAAGAAGCCCUUUUAGGUUCUUUAAAUUAAAGAUGGGUUUCUGCUAUUUUUGGCCAGGUUUAAGCGGUCCAUCGUAUCCUUUGUCUAGCGUAAUUGGUUAAAUUUUUGUAAAUUGCUGACAAGUACGAAGAUAAAUACUUAUUUUUAUUGGAUGUUUAUUAGUUUGGAGUCUGACUAGUUUGGAGUCUGACUAGUUGGAACUAGUCAAGAAGUCUUACAAGUGUAUAACAUUUCUAUUUUUCA